AUGAAUGAAUCAAGCCGCAUUGUUUUUGAACUGCAGCGCAAACUCGCUGAACUUGAUCAUCGGGUAUGGGCUUAUCGGAGGGAUAUGGCUUCAGAGUUUGGGAAAUAUACUGAUGACCUACUUCGUGAUGUUCCUACUGACGUCUCUGAGACUGUUGCCCGCACGAUGGCGCAUUCCAUGAAUGGCUAUCGCUCACUAUAUCCAGAAAGCCCGCCAACAAUCAAGAUUAAGCCUUGCAACAAAAGCCAAGAUGCCCGUCUCGAAAACGGCGGCAUAGAUAUACCUGAACCUCUCCACCGUCCUACAGAGCAACUCCACAAAGUAGACCUACGAAGUCCACACGAGCGCGAAAAGGAGUUUCGAGGCGUGUUUACCCCCAAUUAUCUUCCCCUCCUCGAUCGAAGUAGUCGUGGACGCCGAUCUAUAUCAUCCGAUUCACCAAGUAUACAUCAAGCUGGCCGCGAAAAAGUUGGACAAGUCGAUGCGAGUACUGAAGUUACCGGAUCAUUGGCGCCUUCUCCGAAACCCCAACCGUCAAGCUCAAGGCAAAGAAAUACAGAGGAAACAUCUACAAGCUCAGACUGGAGUGAUAGUAGUACGGGUCGUCGAAGUGCACUAAGGCUAUCAUUAAAUUCAUCGAAAGGUAGCUGUCCAAGUCCGCGAAGAGUUAGAUUCGAUUUCGCCGGAGAGGAAGUCUUACCUACAUCUUCUCCCCUAUCAUCUGAGCCAGUUUUCGGAGACGAAACAUCUCCACCGGCUUCAGACUCUGAAGAAGAUUUUGAUGCAGAGAUGAUGGAGUAUCCAAGCGACCCAGCACCCCCAAGAAUAUCCUCCUCUCAGGCUUUAAGGUUGUUGUCAAGGAAGUCGCUGGAAGACGACGGGACAGUUUGGACGUCAGUUUAUGCCCCAGCAGAUGGAUCGGCGUCUGUCGCUGCUGAUAACGACUCAAUUAAUUUGCCACAAGGAAGUGAAAAUAAUAACUAUAAUUUUAGGCAUUCAAAAUUAUCGAGUCAUAGCAGAGUUAAUUCCUUGUCGCCUGUAGCUGAAUACGGAAAUCCGACUGACAAUGAUUCAUUCAAACUUCCACUCUCACAAUUUUUCGGCGCACCACCUUUUAAAUUUGGCUUUCCUGUGCUACCAAACACCAUUCCUGAUAUACAAGAAUCUCACAAUCUUAACAAUAAAAAGCUGGCAUUUGAGAAAGAUGACCAAGCGCUCUUUCAAUUCGACGAGACAGCGAAUCAACCAAAGCAACCUCAACCAACCAAUUGCACAGAUGAUGUUGAUUACGAUAGUUAUGAAGAAGAAGAAGAUUUUCUAACCAUAAGAUCAAGUAAAUACAAAUCUCAGCAAGCCAGCCUACCGUCCCACUCUCAAUCCUCUGCCAAGACUAUUCCUAAAAUACUGCCUACUCUUGUUACUCCCAAGCGAACAGGCCUCACAAAUUCCUUCAAAGAGCAUCCAUUCAGCAUGCCUAUAGUCAGCCCUCAAAUCCAUGCCCAGGCCGCCUCUCUUGGUGCGAUUGAUAGUUUUGUAGGAAGUGUGGAUGGUCGAACAGGCUUAGAUGAAAACAACUUACAGUACCCCGGCAUAAGCACAAGCGUCAAAGAAAAAACAAUAGGGAGAGGUUUGCGUACUGGAUUUCCGGCAAAGAGCUUGACAGAACGAAUGCGGUUAGAAGAUCUUAUGGAAGAAGACUCAUCUUGUUAUGAUGAUGAGCAACAAGAUCGAGCUGCUAUUGAUAUCGAUGGUGGAGGAUGA